AUGACUCGUUGCCCUGGCGCCAUGUUGGGCGCCCUUCCCUCGGACGAGGCUGCGACAUGGUGGAGAUUAGAUACACAGGGGAAUGGCACUGCGGGCAAAAGCGUUUAUUAUUGGAUGGAGGUGGCAUUGAACGGUCACGAUGGAGCGGGAUGGCAUCGAAGCACCGAUCUGAUGAUGGAGACUGUCAAUGACUGUCGAGAAACUGCCCCGGCGCGGCCAGCCAUGGUGCCAGUUGAGCACAUCGUUGGACGACUUGAUGGGGAUGGGGACUGCAGGAUGAUCAGCCGCGUGCUGUUCGACGGGCACAGGUCCUUGCAACGUGCAGAGCCAGCAUGA